UAAAAGAUUUGCUGCUUUAAAACGUCUUUAGAGUGAGUCAAAGGGUUAACUCUGUACCCGGAAAACGAUGAAGUCUGCACAGCAACAAGCGCCAUUAUUGCGUUGCACAGCGCGUCUCAGCAGCUGGGCGCAAUGGAGCAGCUGGAGGAGGAACUUACGUGCCCGAUCUGCUGCUGUCUGUUUGAAGACCCGCGGGUGCUCCUGUGUUCUCACAGCUUUUGCAAGAAAUGCCUGGAGGGGUUGUUGGAGGGAAACCGAGGUCUUGCAUUCAGGACACCUUUGAAAUGUCCCACCUGCCGCAAAGAAACACCCCACAAUGGAGCAAACAGCAUGCAAAUUAACUACUCUUUGCGUGGAAUCGUGGACAAGUAUAGCAAGAUCAGACAAUUUCCCAAAAUGUCAGUUUGUAAACAGCACUGUGGACAACCACUUAACAUUUUCUGUGCUACGGACCUAAAACUCAUCUGCGGCUUUUGCGCAACGACCGACGAGCACAGGGGGCACAGGUUCAGUUCACUAGAAGACGCGUUUAAGCGCGAGAAGGAAUCGUUUGAGGAGCUGCAGCGCGGGGUGGAGAGCUGGCAGAGCGCAGACAUCCUGUCCUGCCUGGAGACUCUGCAGGCAGGAAAGAAGAAGGCGCUCCAAUCAGUGAGCAGAGACGCAGAGAAAGUGACCGACUACUUUGACAAACUGAUUAGCACCAUUGAAUGUAAAAAGAACGAGAUUCUUUCUGACUUGGAGACACUAAAGUUAGUGGUGAUGCAAGCAUAUGAUCCGGACAUCACGAGGCUGAGUGCGGCUCUGGAGGAGCAGGAGCGCGCUCUGAGCAUGGCAGAGUCUUUCAAGAGCAUCACGGACCCACUGUGCUUCCUGCAGCAGAUGCAGGAAUUCCGUGCUAAAUUCAGGGUCCUCAGAGAAACCCCACUUCCCAGCUGUAAAGAUAUGGACAUAGGACCACUCGUGCGUAAUUUCGAUGUGAAAAAGUGGGACUCACUGAGGCUCAAAGAAGUAGAUAAAAUAAGCGUCCCUCACGAGAAGGUGUCAUACAAGUCUGGCUGCGCGCGGGUCACAGCUCCCAAGCUGAUGGCUUUAUUUCUGCUGCUGUCAGUCGCUCUGGGCCUGUCUCUGUCCACGCACAUCCUCACAGCCUCCGCACAGCUCCGCUCUGAGCCGCUGCUCAGCGCUGUCACAUCCCAGCUCUCUCAGGGCGCCGUGUUUGUGCGCCACCUGGCCUCAUCAUCCACCAGUUUAUUAAGUGUAGGCCAGCAAUGCUUCAUAAACAUCAUGGACUCUGCUGUCAAAUUCUUCAGCUUUUAUUAAUUUAAGACACGCAUGAACAUAGACUUCUGUUAUUGUGGCAAUCAUCAUUUUCCAUGUUUUCUGGUGAUACAUCUUCGUUAAAUGCAGUCAACGUUUCUUGGUGAUAUUUAAUUCCAUGAGUUUUAUAGAUUCUCUUUCUUUUGAUAUGACAAUUUUAUAACACUAAAAAGUAUAACUAAAUAAAUUUGACGAGCAGUAAAACAAAAUUGCGUGAUGUUUUAUGCG